CUUCAAAAAACAAGAGGAUUUUCUUUUAUCAACUAUCAUCCCCACGUUUAGCCUAUUUCUUUGUUGGUGGUUUUUCAGGCUAUAUUUGAGGAGGUUUUGGUUUCCACGCACGUCCUCUACUUUCUUGAUUUUUAUACCCUUUUUAUCUAUCAAAAAAUCUCAAUUUCCUUGAUAAAAAUCAUUUCUUUUAUCCCUUUUCUUUUCUGGGGUUCUCUAAUUCUUUGUUCAAAUUACAGUUGUGCCAAAAAAAAGGAGAAUAAAUCAGUAGAAUCCCCAAGAUCCUGUGUUCCCAAAAUGUUUAAAUUUGGGAUGUUUGUGUUAUUAUUUUUAAGCUGUGUUGAAGGGUUAGGAGUGAACUGGGGAACAAUGGCAACACACAAAUUGCCACCAAAAACAGUGGUACAGAUGUUGAAAGACAAUGGUAUUCAGAAAGUGAAGUUGUUUGAUGCAGAUCAGUCUACUAUGAGUGCACUUGCUGGUAGUGAUAUUGAAGUUAUGGUUGCUAUUCCUAAUGAUCAGCUUUCUGCUAUGAAUGAUUAUGAUCGAGCUAAAACUUGGGUUAGACGCAAUGUCACACGUUACAACUUCAAAGGAGGUGUCAAUAUCAAAUAUGUUGCAGUUGGUAAUGAGCCUUUCUUGACAUCCUACAACAACUCCUUUCUCAAUACGACCUUCCCAGCACUUCAGAACAUCCAAAAUGCUCUAAAUGAAGCAGGACUUGGGAACUCCAUUAAAGCAACUGUACCUCUAAAUGCUGAUGUUUAUUUCUCUCCAGACAGCAACCCCGUACCGUCAGCCGGGAGAUUCCGGAAAGACAUCAAUGAUCUAAUGACCCAGAUUGUUCAAUUCAUGAGCCAGAACAAUGCACCUUUCACAGUAAACAUUUACCCCUUUCUAAGUCUUUACGCCAAUGAGCAUUUCCCCGUUGAUUUUGCCUUCUUUGAUGGAGCCAGUAACCCCAUUGUUGAUGGUGGAGUCACAUACGCCAAUGUUUUUGAUGCCAACUUUGAUACCCUGGUUUCAGCCUUGAAAGCAGCAGGUGUUGGCAAUAUGACCAUUCUGGUUGGGGAAGUUGGAUGGCCCACAGAUGGUGACAAAAAUGCCAAUGUCAAUCUUGCUUAUCGGUUCUAUAAAGGACUGUUAACCAGGCUUGCGGCCAACACAGGAACCCCUCUUCGCCCUGGAUAUAUUGAAGUUUACUUGUUUGGGCUUAUCGAUGAGGAUGGUAAAAGUACUGCUCCAGGUAACUUUGAGCGCCACUGGGGAAUCUUCCGCUAUGAUGGACAGCCAAAGUUUGCCAUGGACCUUACGGGUCAGGGACAAGAUAAGUUUCUUGUGGGUGCACAAAAUGUAGAAUAUUUAUCCAAGAAAUGGUGCAUGCUUAAUCCGAAUGCCAAGGACUUGAGCAAACUUGCAGAUAACAUCAACUAUGCAUGCACAUUCUCAGAUUGCACAGCAUUAGGAUAUGGUUCUUCUUGCAACGGUUUGGACGCCAACGGUAAUGCAUCAUAUGCAUUUAAUAUGUAUUACCAGGUUCAGAACCAAGGAGAUUUCAGUUGUGGUUUUCAAGGUCUCGGAAUGCUGACGGAUCAGAAUAUAUCUCAAGCAAACUGUAACUUUACCAUCCAGAUUGCUGCCUCUUUCUCUCCGAAAUUGCUGCCUGGGAUUAUCACAUUUCUAACUGCCUUCACAUUUGCUUUACUAUAGAUUUCUUUCUGUAAAUUAUUUAUUUGCAAGAGUGGUUAUAUUCGAGAUUUCUGGCUACUUCCAUCUAGUCGAUGCUUUAAUAAAAUGAUCUUUAUUACGUAAAAAA